AUGAAUAGCGCUGCGUGCAUUUCUGGCUAUUGUGUCCUCGACCACUCGAAGUUGAAUGGUGGGAUGAACAAGAAAAAUGACGUAGACGGGUUACCAUCCGAUCGAGGAAAUAAGCGUUAUACAAACGCAAUUUGUGCAUUACAAUUCGACAGCCCGAUUUUACUGGGGGGCGAAAUCGAUAUUAGAAAGUGGUUGAGGUCAUCCAAGAGCCGAGCUUGCUACUCCUAUAAAUUGCCCAAUUUUUCUCACUCCCAUACUUUGAUGGUGGAGUAUUCAAGAAUGCAGGUGCAGACCAGUCCGAUAGGCCCUUGUCUCCGUCGCGCCUCCUUGGAACUUCUGCGCCCGUGCUCCGGCACGUGCAAUAUCUACGCUCUGAUCGCCGAUGCUAAGGGCAGCAGAGGACGAAAGGCGAGUAAUCGGCGCCUUAAAAACGAUCCAAUUUGGCAGGCA